CUACGCGCUGAGCCGCGGCCGGCGCGCGGCCAGCACGGACAGGGACGAUGGGACCCCCGGCAGGGUAUGUCACAAGAUGGCUGGGCGAGGCGCUGUACAAGAUGAGGUGCGCGCGCGGACGAGCUCCUCGUCGGCCCUGCCGCGGAGCGGACGCGGCGGCGGCUCGCCAGCCCCGGCGCGGGGCGGACGCGGCGUUCAACAUGAAGGCGGUCAAGCGGGCGAGCGAGUGAGGCGUGGACUGGGGGCUUAAACUACUGAAAAAAUUCUCGUCCCAAAAGCAAAAUUAGCGCCGGCAAGUUUUUAUCCGGCGGAAAAAUCGCAUCUGGGGACACAACGGCUGGAAAUGCUCUAACCAUGUAGACUCGGCUGGUCCAAUAACAUCUAAAUUCUUGCAUUUACAGCAAAGUGAAUUCAAGGUCUCUUCCCCGACAAAGCUUGGAACCUUACAUUAUUGGGCGCUCUCCUCCCCGUGAUUUUCUUUGUCAACAGUGUGUGUGGGGCUCGAUCGACACGUCGUGCUAGCUAGCUUGGAGCCUCUGAUUCUUGGACUUCCCGGAAAAGAAGGCUGGAUCCAUGGAUCCGGUGACCGUGGCCAAGAAGACGCGUCGUCCGGUUGAUGUCCGCGCGUGGGCGCUCUUCACCGCCUGCGCCACCGCGUUCUCCCUUGCAGUGGGCUACUCAAUGUCACACGCACACGCACUCGACCACUUCCACGCCCCCUGCUGGCAGUGGCAGUUCUCCUUUCUGCCUUGUGACCAACUGAUGGACGCGGACAAAGCCGUGGUGAACGCCGUCUGCCUCGGGAUGUUGUCCUGCGUCCCGGUCCUGGCGGCCUGGGCGGUGCUGGCGCUGCGCCUCCUUUGCCGCCGUCGCUGGGUCCGCCGCGCCCUCGCCUGCCUCGCGCUCGCGCUCACCAUCGUCGGCCACUGCCUGUACGCCACCGCAGCCUGCCUCGUCCUCGUCGCCCACCAAGGAAACAUCUUCAUCCGGAUCUGCUGGACUGUGGGCAUCUUCCUCGUCCCCUUCAGCUUCUCAGUCCUACAGGACCUACACCUCCUGGGAGGUGACGAAGAGUGAGAAGCCGGGCAAGCACAAGUAGUAGCCGAUCAGUUGAGCUAGCUGGAGAGGAUCUGCUCAUAUGCUACUGAUGGCUAACUAUUGAAGUGAUGAGUAGGUAGUUCUAAGGAAUAGUUAAUGUAGAGUAUAUAUGCAUUAUAAUGUGUGUUAAUCUAGUAGCUAUAUUGUAGUGUUAUAUAUUUCCAUAGACCGACUAUGCUAGUUGGUGCA